GAGGCUUGGAGCCCGCCUGCCCGUGUCUCCGGCGCCAGCUACGCCGCUGUGGCUGUCACUAUGGCCCAUUACAAAGCCGCCGACUCGAAGCGCGAGCAGUUCCGGAGGUACUUGGAGAAGUCGGGGGUGCUGGACACGCUGACGAAAGUGUUGGUAGCCUUAUAUGAAGAACCAGAGAAGCCCACCAGUGCUCUGGAUUUUUUAAAGCAUCACUUAGGAGCUGCUACCCCGGAAAACCCAGAAAUAGAGCUGCUUCGCCUAGAAUUGGCAGAAAUGAAAGAGAAAUAUGAAGCUACUGUAGAAGAAAAUAAAAAACUGAAAGCAAAGCUUGUUCAGUAUGAACCACCUCAGGAGGAGAAGCGUGCUGAAUAGGAUUCUUCUCAGUUGAAAAGACACUGAAAACUGGUUUUGUAUCACUUGAAUAGCUUGUAUAGUAUAUGAUCUUUCCUGAAAAGAUGCUAUAAACUUUUAAUAUGUUAAAUCCACUCAUCACACUUUAAUGUUAUAAACACAUAUACAUAGAAUCACCAAUAAAAACUCAAUAUAACUUUCUUUGGGUCUUAAAGCAGGAGAAUCCAAAGUAGAUCUUGAAGAAAAGCUAAAGAGCCACAUAACUUUUUACCUUAAAAGACAUUUUAUUUAUUAUCCAGUUAGGAAUGAUGGUACUGGUUGUAUUUUAGCUAGGAGAUCUAGCAUGGAGCUGUUCCUUGGUCCAGGGCUUGAGCAUAGUAGGCACACUCAUUCUUGACAGCAUCUAUGUCCUGUGGACAGCUGGACAUAUCUGUGAUGUACAAUGCCUUUGCAUGGGUUCCCGUGCAUCUUCUGCUCUUUUAUAGAAAUCUAGUACAAAUUACUCUUCUUUGCCACCACUUUGCCUUAGAUCACUGUGUGUGCCAGUAUGGACUCUGACACCACGUUUUCUUUCUAUGCAAUCCUGCCCAUCUGAUAAUGCUGCCUUGCUGUGUGUGCUUUAGUGCGUUCUGGUUGCACAUUAGUCUGUGUCGUUUUCAGUUUGUGUAAUGCUGCAGCUACCUUGAUUGUAAUUUACAUAGCCUCCAAAAGAACUACACUCUUACCCUGCCUGCCUUCCUUCCUUCUUUAGUUGAGCACAGAAGAGAGAUAAAAUUCUGAGUUCAUACACAAACUGGGAUGGGAAAGGAGAUGAACCAUUAUGUCACAGAUCAUUAUAGUAUGUAAUUAUACAGUGAUUUCUUUCCCCUCAAACAUAUUUUUUUGAGCCUUGAAUUCAUUUUAUCUUUAUUAUCCCUGUGAAGUAGGUAGGGUAGUGAAGGGAAGGUUGGGUGUUGAGUUUUUAGGCCAAAGACUGACAUACAGAUUUGUUGCUAACUGUAGAAACCUGGGCAGGUCAGUUAAUGGUUUGGAGAUUCACUAUCCUCAUCUGUACCAUGAAAACAUUUGCUGCCUACCUCACAGGGUUGUUGUGAGGUCAAAUGAGAGAAUGUAUAUGAAAGAUUUGUAAAUGGU